GCACAUCUGGAUCAUCAAAAAAUAGCCAGGCACUGCCGGACUUGACUGCCCCAGGGAAGUCCUCUGAGAGUGGGCUGCCCGAGAGUUGAAUGGGUUGCAACUGCGCGCCGGCCCAGGACCAAACGGAACCUGGGCUUGAUCUGAUCUCUUGCGGCUGGACUCCCACUCCCUGGAAAAACAAGAUUCUACUCCUUGGCACAGAAGCCUGUCGCCACACCAGCGUACUCCGGCAUCUAUUGGCCCAUGGCAGCUCGCCCGAGCAACCAGCGGGGGAUGUCAUCCAUGACGACCACGCCAAGGUCGUUCCUUGGCGCCUCGAAACGAAAUACUACGUUGCUGAUCUCCAGAUCUGGGUCGAUCAGAUCGACAGCAAACAAACGUUGGAGGAGGUCCAACAGUUUUGUGAGGCUGUCGGGAGUGCAAUCGAUGCGAUCAUCUAUGUCUUUGACAAAACCGACGAGGCCGAGCUAGGCCUUUCGAUCAUCGAAAACUGGGCACAUUUUGUUCACGAAUACGAGCCCAACAUUGCCCUCUGUGUGGCUUUCAGUAGCCGGCGCACUUGCGAUCUGGAUGCACCCAGCAGCGAAACUGAAGACUGGUGCAUCGCCAAUGGAUUCGAAUAUAUCGACAUGGAUCUCUCCCCAGCAGAACCGGAUGAAUUUGGUUAUGUCGAAAAAGUCGGACUCGAUCGGAUCGUCGAGGCACUCGAGUCAAAUCUGUGGGAUGGACACCGCCCCAAGGGCACCAGGCCAGCCAACCGUCCCGCUUCAGCGGUGCCCAUCGACCCAACGGAGCUGGGAAAUGACGAUUUUGGCCCAUUUGUGCAGCCCAAUCAUGAGGUUUUCGAUGGACUGGAAGAGAUGCCGACCGACGAGGAUAUAAGCAAGGUCCACGAACUUUUGUUUGGAGGGGCCGACAACGAUGACUCGUUCGAGAGAACCCUGCAGACACUCCGGAACUUUCAUCAUAGCGAGACCCUUGACGAUAAGGACCGGCGGGCGUUUGCAGCCAAAAUUGCCCUCUCCUUUGGCGUGGAGCUCGAUCGCAGCUAGAUUGGGCGGAUCAAAGGCAGUCGAGGACAGACCCAUCGGCUCUCUUCGGUGGCUGCCCAAUCCAUAUGCUGAUCGCUCGAGGGUGAUGCAUUUUGCUCGGUCGAAGGAAAGGUGCGACAUGCAUGUUCCCACAAUGGCCCUAUUGCCAACGAAUCGCCAGUGAUCAUGCAGCUUGUUGUGAAUGAAACGGGACAGCGAUCUGCAGUCAUCAGUGGCUGGCAGCACGAUUGUUCCCAAUCUUGGUUGGCAGCCGCUUUACUUUCAUGAGUUUUGGGAGCACCGUUUUGGGGGCAUCGUUUUGGGGGCAUCGUUUUGAACACACUCGGCCGAUCUCCUGUGGCGGCGAUCGACUGCACUCAGCCCCGAGCCUCCUUGGUUGGUCAUAGCAUCGUUGGAUGAGUGUGCAUUCGGGUCCGGAAAUCAACAACAGCCCCGACUCAAACCAGGA